AAGGAAAGUCACCACAGUUUUUGUAUAUACAGGUGAUAUUUAUUCACUGUAAACUUGCUGGUGAUUGUUAACUAUGAGCAUCGCAUCUAAAUUAACAAACCACGAGUCCCAUAUCAAAAAAAUACAAAAAUCACGAAAAAAUAGAAUAGUUGCCACAAACCAGGAAUUAAGGAAUGCUACCAGUCCCAUAACUCACCGCAUGUGGACACGUACAUUCAUCAUUCUUUCCGUCAUAACAGUUGUGUAUUUCUACACAAAAAACCAAAAUCAUGAAACAAAGUUCGGCCUUGUACGGGAAAAUUUAUUACUACGAAUGCAAAAGUUCGAGUGUGCAUCAAGCUAUGCUGAGGAAAUACAAGCUUUUCCGGAGUGUGUGCCAAAUAAAUGUGGUCGUUUCAUCACCGAUAAAUUAAUUGAAGCUGCAGAAGGGGAAAUAUUGUUGGACUUAGCUCGUUCUAUACUUACAAAAUAUAAUUCAUCUGGUGGUGCUUCAGUACUAGAUUUGCAUACGGGUGCGUUGUCAUUUGGUGAAGGAUUUAUUAAUGCAUACGAUAUUGAAGAUUUAAAAGACGCAUUUAAAGAAGAACACUUUAAUGUUUUCAAUUUGGUUAGAAGGAAAAUAAAAAGGGCUAUUGCGGAACACUUUGGUAUUUCGAAUGCAAAUCUUUAUUUUACAUAUCCAACAUUUUUCUCACGCCUAACAAACAUAACUGCGAAGACAGUGCAUGAUGAGUACUGGCAUGAACAUGUGGAUAAGGAAACAUACGAAUCAUUUCAUUAUACUUCGCUACUGUAUUUAACCACAUACAAAAAAGAUUUUGGUGGUGGUCGUUUUGUGUUUGUUGAUGGUACGCACAAAAAUAGGACAACAUCGAUAAUCGAACCCAAGUUAGGACGAGUAAGUGGCUUUACAUCUGGAGAAGACAAUCGUCACCAUGUCGAAAUCGUAACCAAAGGUGAAAGAUAUGCUUUAACAAUUUCAUUCACAUGCGAUCCAAAACUAGGCAUACCAGAACCAAGAGAAUAGUUCAGCGCUAGUAAAUACAUUUCCUCUUUUGGACAAGUUUGAAGUAUAACAAAAUGUUUUUAAGUUAAAACAUCACAAGUUUAUUUUAUUUAUUUUAUUUAUUACUCCUAUAAAAC